AUGUCUUUAACAGCCAGCGCUGUCAUUUUCCCACAAAAAGGUGCGGAUGAGUAUGAGGAAGGGAUGAGGAACGAAGACAAGCAGUCGCCAAACGAGCUCAACGAGCAGAAAGCUAAUGACGAGAUCAUGAAAAAGGCAGGGCAGUCGGCAUUGCAGGCUGAGCAACAAGGACAAUCUCCCUCAGACAGUGCCAAAAUCGAAGAGGUACGCGGGCAACAAGAGAAGCUUCACGCAGAAGGUGUCACAAUCGAACCAUCGCAACCCGGACGACCUGGACUACCUCGCUUUACGAGUAGCAAAGAGAACGUACUCUCCCAAUUCUUCAUUGGUAGUAUAGACCAAGGGACGACAAGCACAAGAUUCAUUAUAUUUGACGGGACAGGGCAGCCGGUCGCGAGCCAUCAGCAUGAGUUUAAGCAACAUUAUCCAGAACCAGGGUGGCAUGAGCAUGACCCGAACGAAUUGAUCGCCUCGGCUGAGGUAUGUGUCAGCAAAGCAACGGCGACUUUUAAGGAACUAGGGCAUGAUAUUGCAGACAUUCGGGCAAUCGGCAUAACCAAUCAGAGAGAAACAGCUGUGGUGUGGGACUGGGAGACCGGCGAGCCGUUAUACAACACUAUUGCUUGGCCGGACACGAGAACGAAAGGCAUUGCAAGAGACCUGAAGGACAAGGAAGAACGGCUGGGCUUGAAUAUCGCACAAAUGACCGGUCUUCCGUUGUCGACAUAUCCUUCCUCUGUCAAGCUAGUCUGGCUAUUGCAUCACGACGAGAAAGUCAUGGAGGCCUACGAGGCGGGACGAUUAGCGUUCGGAACCGUCGAUACAUGGCUGUUGUACAACUUCAAUGGCAAGGACAACGAAUAUUUCGUAACCGACACAACGAAUGCAAGCCGGACGAUGUUCAUGAACCUGCAUACCUGCCAAUACGACGAUACUCUGCUAGAAUUCUUCGGAAUUGACAAGACGAAAGUCCAUCUUCCGCGAAUCGUGCCUAGCUCGGAUGCUCGUGCAUACGGUAAGAUGGUCGGGGGAUCCCUCGGAGGUAUGAGAAUUACAGGUUGUCUCGGUGAUCAGUCUGCUGCUCUUGUAGGUCAGCAGGGCUUUAGCCCUGGAUCCGCAAAGAACACAUACGGUACGGGAUGUUUCCUACUAUAUAAUGUUGGUGAAAAGCCGGUUGUGUCCAAGCAUGGACUGCUUGCGACCGUUGCAUAUGACUUUGGCGGCCACCGUAAGCCAGUCUAUGCGCUCGAGGGGUCUGUUGCUGUUGCUGGCUCAGGUGUGAAAUUCAUGAUGAAUAACAUGGGCUUUAUUACGCACUCGCACAAGAUCUCAGAGCUUGCGGCUUCCGUGGACGACAAUGGUGGCUGUGUAUUUGUAACUGCGUUCUCAGGCCUCUUUGCGCCUUACUGGAUUGACGAUGCGAAGGGCACAAUCUUCGGCAUCACUCAACACACGCAGCGCGGCCACAUAGCUCGAGCAACACUCGAAGCCGUAUGCUUCCAGACCAAGGCCAUUCUGGACGCCAUGGAGCUAGACUCUGGCCAUAAGCUGGCCGCAUUAGCCGUUGAUGGUGGGAUGUGCAACAGCAAUCUUUGCAUGCAGACGCAGGCGAACAUUACAGGGAUCAACGUCGACAGACCCGCGAUGAGAGAGACGACCGCUUUAGGUGCUGCUAUCGCGGCUGGGUUUGCCGUCGAUAUUUGGAAGGAGUUCGAUGAAUUGAAAGCUAUCAAUCAGAAGGACCGAAUGAUCUUCACGCCUGACAUCAAUCGAGAAGAGUCUGCGAAGAUGUUCAAGAAGUGGACGCGAGCGGUUGAGAUGUGUCGAGGUUGGCUCGAUCCCGACGAAUACGGGGAGGACUUUGAUGUGUAG